UCACGAGCUUUAUAUAUUUUGUAAAUUGCAGUUCUUGUUACUCCGUAUUGAUCAGCUAUGUCAGUUUUUGAGUGAUUUUCAUCGAGCAGCUUAAUAAUAUCGAGUUUUUGUUGAAGUGUUAAGCGACAGGAAGGCUUAUUUUCCAAAAUUAGCUGUUUUUGAGCAACUUGAUGAAAAUGUAAAAUUUGUUGGCAUGAUUGACACACAAGAUGCGUAAUGAAUGGCGCUACGGGGAUGAAAUGGACCAAACAUCACACUUGUGGUACAACUUACUGAUUAAACACAUCUCAAAGAUUAAAUGUUAUUUUAUAGGUAAGAUAAGAUUACGAUGGAUUUAAAUAGUGAAGAAAAUAGUGACACUGAACCGUGUUCAGAGCUACUGGAUAUGAUUGUCGAGGAUGCCAGUGAUGGAGAUUCAAGUGACGAGGAUGAUGGUGAUAACCAAGAAGAUUAUGAAGCUGCUGACAAUGAAGAUAAUGAAGUAAAUGGAGAAAAACGUAAGCUGAGUAAAAGUGUACCUAAAAAUUCAAAGACUAAGUACGAAUCGGCUUACUCGCAAUUUUUAGAAUGGCAGAAGGAGAAAAAAUUCAAAACGUUCUCGGAAAAAGUAAUGCUUGUUUAUUUCUUCGAGUUGUCAAAAAUAAAAAAAUCCACGACUUUGUGGAAUACUUACUCGAUGUUGAAGUGUACUUUGGGGUCUUUUCACAAAGUCAACAUCGGGGAAUACAAGAGACUUAUUCAGUUUUUGAAAAAGAAAGAGGUUGGCUUCCGGAAGAAAAAAUCUAAGGAGUUUACCGCAGCUGAGAUCACUGAAUUUUUAAAUACUGCUUCGGAUAAAGAGUUUUUGGUUGAAAAAGCCGUGCUGAUUAUUGGAGUUUGUGGCGCGACCAGGCGAGCAGAAAUCUGUGGGUUAACUAUUGACAAUGUUAUUGACACUGGUAGUAAGUUCGUCGUGACGAUACAACACGUUGUAAAAAAAAUUCCCGUUCGCAGAUUUUCAAUAGAAGACGACUUUUACACUCUCGUUAAAAAAUACGUUUCUCUGAGACCGGUCCCGAAAUCACCAGGGCAAAAGAUGAGCAAUAGAUUUUUUUUGAACUAUCAAAAAUCAAAGUGCACACGACAAGCUAUUGGGAUAAACAAAAUUGGGGGAACUCCUAAACGAAUUGCUCAGUUUUUAAAACUGUCUGACGCUAAUGAAUACACGGGUCAUUGCUUCCGUAGGACUACGGAAAAACUUCUAAAGGAUGUUAACGUAGACAUGAGAUCUCUUAGCAGAUACGGCGAGUGGAAAUCUUGUCACGUGAGCCUAGAGGACAUGAACAAAAUUUUCAGCUGGAUAACGUCGGAAAUUAAAUUAAAACUCCUUCCUGUUUCUCCGAAACCGGUGAAAAAAUUUAGCAAGCCGAAACCAAAAGCUGUUGAUCAACCAACGGCUGACCAAUCAAAUACUGAAAAGUCUGUUGUUGAUUUAAUUAUGGACGAACCGGUUGCUAAUCAGCCAGUAAGUCACCCAAUAGUUGAUCAACCGGUCAUAGAACAACCAAUUGUUAAUGAACCAAUAAUCGAUCAACCACCUAUCGAAGAACCAAUCACUGAUCUAUCUCCAAUUGAUGAACCAAUGACUGAUGAUCCAAUUAUUAUUCAAUCAAUCGAAGCAUCUACUUCAAAAAUCAUUUCACAAAAAGUUUCUACGUAUAUUUCAAAAAUAAAAACAAAGAGAAUUGACUAUCAUACAUACAAGUACUCAGUCGUAGAAAUCGAUAGAAGAAGGCUUGAAAUUGUAGCUCGAGGGUGGACUCCUCUGGAAGGAACCCAAACCGUUACAAGUCUCGGAGGUUUUAAUGAUUAUCAAAGCGCGGCUGAUUGGGCGGAAAUUCUUGACAGAAGAAAAACUCUUGAUAAACAAAAUUGGGAAUUUUUGCAAAGGCAUCUUGAAAACGCCGCGGUCGAUAUGGAUGACAUAGAAGAAGAAUUAGAAGUCAAGGAAGAAAUGACUGAAGAAGAAGAAGAAGAAGAAGAAGAGAUGUGUCUUUAGUUUUAAUUUUAAAUAAUUUUAAUUUAAAAAUUUUUAAAAACAAAAAGAUUAUUAGCCUAAUUUUAAUUAAAGUGACAAUAAAAACAGUAAAAUAAAUGAAAAUAAAGCUGACAGCGUAUGUUGUGAAGAAACCGAACAAAGCACUUGUAUGCUUGUAUGCUUAUAUGCCUUAGAUAUAAAUUAAAUGGAGGGUGGAAAAGUGCGAUGAACCGCGCCUCCUCGAGGGUGCGGCCCCAGGCGUACAGAAACCCAGGUGUGGCUGACAAUUUAUAGAAUCACUCCAAGUCAUGCCCUCCAUCAAGGAAACGCGAAACUCGCAACCCCAUACAACUAGUAAUCCUCAAUCUUUCACGCAAACAACUCGUAAAAAUUAAUAACUCGGACCAUUAACGCUAAUAGAAGUCAAACA